GUGUGACGUCAUGGCACAGUGCCCCCUCCAUGUUUGGAGGAGAAGUUUGUGUUGCUUCGACAAACUUCAGACACCAUACUGUAGAUGCGCGGAACACAGCAGACCGUUAACUCUUUUUCUGCCCCCUAUUUUCCGCUGGUAUCAACUUUACAUUAUAUUACAUUUCGUACAAGUUAAUUCUUUUGCUAGAAAUAAUAACGUUGGUUACAAAUCCCGACCAAGGCUCGCUCUUGGAGCUGAAUUUUAUGCGCCGUUCACGGACCUUGAAUUACAUAUUGGUUCCGCUGGCCAACCGUCGCUAUGUUUUAUUUCAGGUUUGUUUCCGGUAGUUAAUACAUGGAGACCGUCUGUUCCGUCGAUUGCCUCGCAUGUUCGCAUCCUACGUCGGUCGGUUUUGUAUGAACCAUUGCGAGACAGCGACGUAGGGUUGGAGGCUCCGCGAGCGGAGCCAGACUUUAUGAUGGGGAUGCCCAGGGGAGGACGUCUGUUCCUGGCGACGUGCCUCUGCUCGUUCUUCGUUCUUGUUCUUUACUUCCAGAGCAUCACUAAACCAGAACGGGCUUUGAAGACUGGCAGCAGACCUGGGAAAAGUAGAAGAAGUCCUUUACAGACCCUUUACAAAGGAGACCAGAAGCAGCUGAAGCUGUCGGCAGCUCAGAAGUCCCUCCAAGGCCGCAGGAAGGUGUUGGACCAGGCAUGUCUGAGCCACACGAAGAAGCGCCGGGUGCUUUCGCCAGAGGAUCUCAAACACCUCAUUGUGGACGACAAACACGGCCUUAUUUACUGCUACGUACCCAAGGUAGCCUGCACCAACUGGAAGCGUGUGCUGAUGGUCCUCUCCAGUAAUGGCCGUUACUCCGACCCUCUCGCCAUCCCUGCUAACGAGGCCCAUGUGGCAGGUAACCUCCGCACGCUCUCUGAAUUCUCCGUGACGGAGAUAAACCAGCGCCUCCGCAGCUACCUCAAGUUCAUUUUUGUGCGGGAGCCCUUUGAGCGCCUUGUUUCAGCCUACCGCAACAAGUUCACACGUAGUUACAACACCGCCUUCCACAAGCGCUACGGAACCAAGAUCAUCCGCCGGCACCGGGCCAACCCUCAACCGGAAGCCCUGGAGAAAGGAAACGACGUCUCCUUCCGAGAGUUCAUCCAGUAUCUGGUGGACCCCCGGACACAGCGAGAGGAGCCUUUCAACGAGCACUGGGAGCGGGUGCACUCCCUCUGCCACCCCUGUCUGAUCCACUACGACGUGGUGGGGAAGUAUGAAACUCUGGAACCUGACGCUCAGGCCGUGCUAAGGCUAGCAGGGGUGGAGGGUAAAGUUCAGUUCCCAACGUCUAGCAAGAGCACCAGGACUGACGGCAACAUGGCAGCACGGUUCUUUAAGCACAUCAGCCCCUAUUAUCAGAAGAAACUGUUCAAUCUCUACCGCAUGGACUUCUUACUCUUUAACUACACCACACCGGAGUAUCUGAGGACUCGAUGACUAACAGAGACGAGAGGAUCCCACGUUCCAUCCACACUUUAGAGCGAUGAUUAGUUUGCACGUUUUGGUUUCUGUUGAAAUGACUGAUUUCAGGGACAUGGAAGAAAUAAAGAAACAUUCUCAUGUGCACAAGAUACUAUCUGGUGCAUAUGAGAAAGUUUGUGUUUUUAUUUUUCUUCAGUGUCCCCUUAGGGGCUCCGUAGAUUCCUAUCUGUUGGGGGAAACAAACUCCAAUCUCUCAGACAGACAGUUUCCAGACUGAUGUAGGUGAAUCACGAACUCUUACAAAGAGGUUGUUAUUUUUUUGUGACCGUUUGCUAUUACUCCAGUUGUCAUUGAGCCGGUGAAAAGCGCCUCACCAGCGUUCCUGCUGUGCCCACUACAGUGAUAAUCCUCUUGUAGCUUUCCUCUUUUAGGAGAAUCAAUGAGCCAUAAAUGAAAGCCAGUGUUUUCCAGAGGAGCCGGUUCUCCUCUUUUGCUGGCGAUUGUGCUGACUGUGAAGUUUUCCUCGGAUUGUUUCUGAGCUGUUAUGGAAAGCCUUAAUUUAUGUACGUAUGUCAGCGCAGAGUAUUUAUUGUCGUAUGAAGCGAGGUGUGAAAAUAAUUUAAAUGAAAUGACAAGAGGGUUUUGUUUUUUUUUUUUUACCAAGUGUUAGAGUUCAGAUUAAGAAAAUGUUUUGGGUAUCUGGUAGUCUUCUUCAGUUCAGUGAAAUUCUCUUCUCAGCAUCUUUCCCUGCCCGUAUUUAGCUCCGGGACUCUGGGGCUGAACAAACAAGCGCAUAGCUGUGGUCAUGGCGGGGUCCGGCCCAGCGCUCCCCCGGUCAGAGCCGCCCUUGUUAGAGACAGCAUUGGCAGACGAAGGGUUAAAUCCACCUACAGCUCUCUGCACUGCAGCGCCUUGUUUCACUUGUUUCAGCAAAAACGCCUUGGAAUUUCUGGAGGAAUAAUUUGGAGCUUACUAUAGGAAAACAGCUUCUUAAUGGGCUUUACUGUCUUCUGCACCCAAAAGAGGAAACUUUGACACAUUUGUGGCUUUUUCUGGAUCUGUAGAUUGGAUUUUACUGCACAUUAAAAAAGAAAAGAGUCCAAGUGUUUAACAAGUACAGUCAUCUGUCAUUGAGUUGCAUUGUGGGUAGUGUAGGCCCAAAGAAUCUGGAUAUUUUUGUUCUUUCUUACUUCAGCUGCUGAACCUCAACUUUAACUUUAAGAAAAGUGUUAUUUUUGUAUGAUUUGUUUUGGGAAACAAUUAAAGAACUGAAAGGUCCAGUGUG